AUGGGCCGCCGUCAAGCCGUCAUUGCGCGCUCCAUCACGCGUGCAAUCCUACGCAACGAAUCCGCACGCGUCUCUGUGCUAGCUAAACUUACAGCCUUCUUCAACCUGUACUGGAUCAUCUUCGCACGUGUAAGCGCGGAGUUGUUCAAGUCGUUGAGAGAGAGCGUCUGGAAAAUCGAUGAAGAUGCGUACCAGGAAUCCUUUGGGGCAAAAGACAAGAAGAAAGCGAACCUCAAAGCAAUGGGCGAUAUGGGUUACAGUGGAUCGACCUUCUUUUCGACCUCAGAUGAGAGAUUCAUCAUCAAAAGCAUUCCGCGCCAUUUCGAACACGCGUUCUUUAAGAAUGAUCUCCUGGAGCCAUACUCCAAUCACGUCCGAAGCAAUCCAAACUCGUUACUCAUUCGCAUUUCGGACUUCCUGGAGAACGCACAUUACAGUAUCGGCACGCUUCUCGGCUUGGCUCCCAGUCAUCAUAUCGUGAUGGACAACUUGUUGCAUGGCAAGGAAGUCGACUGGGAGUCGUACGACCUGAAGCCCAUGAGCUACUUCUAUCCCGAAAGAGACAUUGCUGGAGGUGCUCUCGCUUCGGAAGCGACCAAGUCGAAGCUCGCCGACAAUUUCAAGGAGAAACUUGUCCUCACUCUGGACGUCGCCGAAUCGUUCAAAGCUGAAUUGGAAAAGGACACGCGACUGCUUUCUCUUUGCAGUGCCGUCGAUUACUCCCUCUUCCUCGUUCGCAUCCCACGGUCACCRACGUCCGAUCCAUUUGCUGAUCCGGAUCUCAAUGCAACUUGGAGAACAGGCAUCCCAUCUGCUGACGGGAAAUGGUAUUUCCGUGCCGCGAUACUCGACUUCUUCUGGGCGAAGCACACUCUCCAUGCUARGGCGAUGACAGGUCUGAUCAAUACGUAUAAUGUCGUUGAUAGGCAAGGACCGAUGAGCGUCACGACUAACAGUCCAGAAUACCGCGAUCGCUUCCUCAAGAUGUGCGUGGAUAUGAUCGAGGUUCAGGCCGAGUCCACGGAGUCGGCUCAGUAG